UUUUUUUUUUAAUUAUAAUUAUUCUGCCUGCUGCAGAGUCGGACUCGGCGCAAAACUUCCAAAUAAUUAUAUUUUUAUUUCCAUUCCCAGCAAUCACCCUUACUUUGAUUAGGUAUAUUAUUCAAGCAUCGUUUUAUAAGAGGUAGCCCUACCUGAAUCGACACCGGUGGUGUACGUCUACGUCUACGCCUACGCGUUUUCCAAGCUUUCGCGGCAAGUUAGCAAGAUGAAGUAUGUGCUAGUCAGCGGGGGUGUCAUCAGCGGCAUUGGCAAAGGUAUAAUAGCUUCCUCGUCUGGGCUUCUGCUUAAGACGACUGGUCUUAAGGUCACGGCAAUUAAAAUUGAUCCAUAUUUGAAUGUAGACGCUGGUACAUUGGGUCCACUCGAGCAUGGAGAGUGCUUUGUUCUAAAGGACGGAGGCGAAUCUGAUCUUGAUCUCGGAAACUAUGAGCGCUAUUUGAACCUCAAUCUCACCAAUGAGAACAACAUCACAACCGGCAAGAUCUACAAAGCCGUAAUCGAACGGGAACGGAAGGGUGACUACAUAGGUCGCACAGUCCAGGUUGUACCUCACAUCACAGAUGCCAUUCAGGACUGGAUUCAGCGCGUAGCGAGGAUACCUGUUGAUGAUAGUGGCGAAGAACCCGACAUCUGUAUCAUUGAAUUAGGUGGUACUGUUGGCGACAUUGAGAGCAUGCCCUUCGUUGAAGCAUUGACUCAGUUCAGAUAUAAGGUUGGCAAAGGAAACCUGGUCAACAUACAUGUCUCUUACGUGCCCAUUAUCCACGGCGAGGAGAAGACCAAGCCCACACAACAUGCUAUCAAACAGAUGCGAAGCGCCGGUUUAAUACCAGACCUAAUUGCCUGCCGCUGCGAGCGCGCUCUCGACGAAGCUACGACCCAAAAGAUUGCCCGAAGCUGCCAGGUCGAAUUCAAGCAGGUUGUUACCGUUCGGGAUAUCGAGACUAUUUAUCAAGUACCACUGCUUCUCGAAGAACAGGGCUUACUUCACCGUCUACGCGAGGCCUUGAUGUUAGACCAACUAUCAAUCCCCCCGACCUUGGUCAGUAAAGGCGAAGGCUUGUGGAAAUUAUGGAAGGAGACUGUCGUGACAAAGCCGUACCUAGAGCCGGUAAUAAUUGCUUUGGUCGGUAAAUAUAUCGCACUUCCCGAUAGUUACCUCUCUGUAAUCAAGGCUCUAGAGCAUUCGGCAAUGCGAUGCAACCGCAAGCUAAAUUUGUGCUGGAUUGAUGCAGAGCAUCUUGAGGAUGCUACUUUGAAGAGCGACCCCACCAUAUAUCAUAAGGCCUGGUCACAACUUACUGUUGCUUCUGGCUGCAUCUGUCCAGGAGGAUUCGGUGGUAGAGGCGUAGCAGGGAUGGUUAAGGCUGCAAAAUGGGCACGCGAAUGUAAGAUCCCUUACCUGGGAAUCUGCCUCGGAAUGCAGGUCGCCGUUAUAGAAGCCGCUCAGAAUUUGUGUGGCUACAAGGGUGCUACCUCGGAAGAAUUCGAUGCCAACGCCGAACAUCGUGUUGUCAUCUUCAUGCCAGAAGGGUCAAAAGAGAUAAUGGGCGGCACAAUGCGACUCGGUACAAAAGCAACACAUUUCCAAUCCGGGAGCGAGUGGAGUAAGCUUCGGGCUUUGUACGGAGACUCGACCGUUAUGGAAGAGCGACACAGACACCGCUAUGAAGUUAACCCUGAUUACAUCGAGGAGCUCGAGAAGGCCGGGCUCAACUUCGUUGGAAAGGAUGAAUCAGGCAAGCGAAUGGAAGUGGUCGAGCUGAAAGAUCAUCCCUUUUUCGUUGGUGUCCAGGCCCACCCCGAGUUUACAUCUCGCGUUCUCGCUCCGUCGCCUACGUACCUCGGUUUUAUGGCUGCCAGCACAGGCUGCCUCGACCAGGUUAUCCAGGAGAUACGACAACAGAAGAAGCAAACUAACGGUCUUGUCAAUGGCGCGGAGGAAAGCGUUCAUUUUUGAUUCUGCAGAUGAUAGAGGAUCAUAUUUUCUUCGUAAUGGAUAGCAUAGGCUGGAAUGCAUGCGAGGCAAGUCUUGUCAGACUCAUUCUUGUUAAUGGGAGGUAAACACCUAGAGAGAAACAAGGAUCAUAUUUUACUUGACGUCCAGCUAUGGAGCUAGAGCGGAUGGUUAUUUCAGACUAAAGGGACUACUGCGCAAUCUGGGUUCGAUGUGUUUGCCUAGUUUACAUAUAUAGAUAUAUACUAAAAGAAACCACAGAGAAAAAAA